CAAGCCUUUAUAAACGCAGGCCGCCCCUGCACCUCCACCUCCAGCGCACCCACAAGUCCACGGCAGCACAAGAGGGAGGGAUCGGAGCAGGAGCCUCCAGGCAUGGGCGACAUCGCCGCCGCCUGCGACGCCCCACCGGCCCCGCAGAUGACCAAGGAGAGCAACCUCUUCAUGCGGAUCGCCGUCCACCCGGACGGCACCGUCACGCGCCCCGAGGUCCUGCUCCUCCCGCCCUCCUCCUCCUCCUCCUCCGCCUGCGCCGUCCUCUCCCGCGACGUGCCGCUCGACGCCUCGCUCGGCACGUACCUCCGCCUCUUCCUCCCGGACCCGGCCCCGCCCCGCCGGCUCCCCGUCGUGCUCUACUUCCACGGCGGCGGCUUCGUCCUCUUCUCCCCCGCCACCGCCUUCUACCACGCCCACUGCCAGGCCAUGGCCGCCGCGCUGCCCGGCCUCGUCGCCUCCCUCCACUACCGCCUCGCGCCCGAGCGCCGCCUCCCCGCCGCCUACGACGACGCCGCCUCCGCCCUCGCCUGGUUCCGCGCCGCGGACGACCCCUGGGUCGCCGCGCACGGGGACCUCUCCCGCUGCUACCUCAUGGGCAGCAGCUCCGGCGGGAACAUGGCCUUCUUCGCGGGGCUCCGGGCCAGUAGGGCCCUCGACCUCUCCCCCGCCGCCGUGCCCGUGCGGGUGCGCGGGCUCCUGCUCCACCAGCCCUACCUCGGCGGCGUCGCCCGCACGCCGUCCGAGGCCCGCUCCGAGGACGACGCCAUGCUGCCGCUGGAGGCCAACGACAAGCUCUGGAGCCUCGCGCUGCCGGAGGGCGCCGACCGGGACCACGAGUUCUGCAACCCGGUCAAAGCCAUGCCGCCGGAGGUCCUCGCCGGCCUGCCGCGGUGCCUCGUCACCGGGAACCGCGACGACCCGCUGAUCGACAGGCAGAGGGAGUUCGCGCGCUGGCUGAGGGACCAGGGCGGCGUCGAGGUCGUCGUCAAGACGGACCACGCGGGGUCCCACGCCUCGGAGCUCUUCGUGCCGGAGAGGGCCGAGGAGCUCUUCGCCGCCAUGCGCGAGUUCGUGUUCGCGUGACGGCCGGCGUUGACCGACCUGGCGGCUCCGUUUCCGUUGGAUUGGAUUACUCGUGUCGUGUUGGAUUCAUCCGAGUGGGCUGCAGUGGAGUUGUCCUCGAAUUGAUUGCUGCCUUGCGUUCCAUGGGUCGGGUCGUGUCGUGCUGGCAUGUCAUUAUUUCUGUCAUUUUAUACCUGUGAAAACAGAGAUCUCAACUUGUGGUUAUGUCAUUACCUGUAAAAACAGAGAUCUCAACUGGUAGUGUUGAGUGAUUGUAUUACUGUUUUUCAGGUGCGCAAACUCAAUGCAUAAAAGAAACACAACACUUACUUGCGACGGA